AUGCCGCUCAACUCGAGUCCAGUCUUUUCUCGCUGCUCGACCUGUCCGAGUUUUUUCCUUCCAGAUGGCCUUCUGUCUCUCUCUCAGCAGCUUCUGUCUCGUCCUCUCUCUGCUUGCCUGUCGCCCGUGAGCUCGUCCGUGCAGUCUUCCGGCGCGCUUUCUCAACUUCCCUCUCGUUCGUCUCCCCUGCCCGCCCUCUCUGCGCUUCCUCCCCAUGGCCUCUCGGUUCCUCGCGACUCGUUUGCCUCGCCGCGCCACGCCGGUGCCCCGGCGACCGCAACGUCAAGCGGAGACAGUCCCCUUCGCGUGUGGGCUGUUGGCGGGGCCUUUGAGUCCCUCUUCGCUGCGCAACGGAGACGCGACGCUCCCUUGCUUCACUCCACCAGACGCCACUUCUCACAGUCGCAAGGCCAGGGAAAGGAAGAAGGAAGGACUAUAGCACCGCUGGCCUCAGCGUCGCCUUCCGGCUCAUCUACCUCUGCUUCCUCCCCCUCCGCUCCUCCUUCUCCUCCGUCUGCCGCUGUGUGUCCCUCUUCCUCGUCUUCUUCCUCGCCUUCGUCUUCGCCGGCGGCUACCUCCCAGUCUGAGCCGGCGUCUGCUAACGCGGCUUCGUCAUCCGCUUCUUCUGCACGUCCUGAGACUCGAACUCGACCUUCCGUCUCUUUUUCUCGGCGUGCUGGAGACCGGACGAAUGGUGGCCCGGGGUUCUUCGCUCGCUGGUUCUCGGCAGGGGCGAUUUUGAGGCUCUUAGAGAGAGUGGCGCGUGGGCUCGGCUCCGCCCUUCUGAGGUACACCAAGGCCGUGUGGAAGUAUUUGAAGCUCUUCAUCACGAAUCCGAUGAUCGUGAAAAAAUGGUACAAGAAGGGAAAAGAAAGUGCGAUUCACACGUGGAAGUGGACAGUCACCGGUUUCAGCCUGUUUUACGCCAAUGUUCGCGUCUCCUACCAGCUACUCAAGAAGAAGAUUCUGGGGCAUCCUCUUCGGUACAACGAGCACAAACUGCUGGUGCGAACGACUGCAGAUGCCUUGAAGUUGAUUCCCUUUUCGCUGAUGAUCAUCAUCCCGCUCGGCGAGCUGUUGCUUCCCGUCGUGCUGCGUCUUUUUCCCAACAUGCUCCCAAGCACUUUCUUCGAAAAGCAAGUGGACAACGCGUAUUUGAGCCGGAAGCUGAAGGCGAAACAGGAACUCGCCGCGUUCUUCCAGGAACUUGUUCGCGAGCACACGAAGAACAUCAUUGAACACGAGUCGAACGACGCCCUCAAAGAUAAGGCGAAGACGCUGAAGGAGUUUCAGGAAAAACUUCUUCAGAAAGAUCAGCAAGAUGUGAACCCUUUCCUCUCCGUGAAGGAGAUCCUCUCUUUUGCACGGCUGUUCAAGGAAGAGUUUGUCUUGGAAAAACUCGAUUUGCAGACUCUCCAGGUGAUGUGUCAACUCCUCGGCAUCCAACCUUACGGCCUGCGAAGUCAUGUCGUUCUCCAGCUCCGGUACCAUUUGAACCACAUCCACCGAGAAGACCGGGAGUUCAUGUGGGAAGGCGUCGACACGCUGUCUCACGACGAGCUCGUCGAAGCAUGCAAAGAUCGGGCGAUGAAGUUCCACAACAUUUCCGACGAGGACAUGCGCCAAGAAAUGCGCCAGUGGCUAGCCAUUUCAUCUCACAAGGACAUUCCGCCGCUCCUUCUUCUCUGGUGUCGGUGCAUAAGUCUGACGCACUCUCCGAUUCCGGCUCCCGUCGAUCUCGCCGCCUCGGCUCGCGGGGAUGCGCCCCCAGCCGCGCCCGAACCCGAACCCGCAGGGAAGGCGGUCGCGACGCCUCUUGACGCUGCGAAAGAAAGUCCCACGAGCGAGGAGGGAACCGAGCCUGUGACUCUUGCGGCGAGUGAGGAAAAACCCGAGAAGGAAGGACGCACUCAGGACGGCGAUGGCGAGGCCGUACAGACACCCGCCGCCGCUGUGGAAGAAUCGAAGGAAACAAAAGACGAAGAAGAUGCAGAAGACGAACAAUACAAGCGGCAAUCCGCAACCCUCGAAGCGAUGGAACGCCAGGUCCAGCUGUUGCGGGCGGAGGAGGAGUCUUUGCGUCAGUCCGUGCAGAUUCUCGAGGAGGCGCAGAGGCAGCGCGAGGCCGCAACCACCGAGAAGGAAUCGACGCUGGAGACGGCCGGGGAAGAGCUGAAAGGCGCGUCGCCUCUCGCAUCCGACGCGCUCCUCGAGGAGCGACCGGUGGCGGAGGGCGAGGCGGCGCGAGGCCUCAGCGGGAAUGGGAAGAAAACUGAAAAGCGAGAAAUAGAUCGCGGAGCUGGGACGGGGGAAAGCCUGUUGACAGCGGACUCGCCCAGGGCCUCCGGGCACACUGUGAAGGAAGAGGGCGGAGCAAAAGGAGGAAAUGAACAAAGAGAUUCUUUCCUAGACGGCGUAGCGGCGGAAGGCACGGAUGGUGGGGAUGCCGAGGGUGAAGCGACAAUGAAGCACGAGGGACGAGCCCUCGAUGAAGCAUACGUCGACGAGUUGGCCUCGGUUCAGCGGGGAAGAGAAAUGCUUCAGCGGCGGUCGCGCCGCAUGGAAUUGGAGCUUCGUCUUUUGCGUCGCCUCGCUGAUCUGCAGCAUCAGCACCAAGAGGAAGCGUUUGGGGCGCUGAGUCGCUUGCUCGAGUUGGCGCAUGCAUAUCGUCUCAAGCAGGAAAUUGUCGCGAGAAACAACUCUAAAAAGGUGGAUGUAUCGGAGGAGGGCUGCUCGGUGGGCGUGUCAAGCGCAACCGUUGCGGGUGAAUCCCGUUCGUCUCUCUUGUCUUCGCCAGAGAGCGAAAAACUCAAGGAGCACGAGGCAGCCGAACGCCUCCACGAGGCACAGCGGAGCAACCGCGGGUCUCCAGAGGCUGUUCAGAUUCGCAACGACUUCAUCAGCGCCGUGCAGGCAUUUGAGAGGCAAAUCCAGGAAGUGAUUGAGAGUUUCGCGAAUGGGGUGAAAGAAGUCGACGACUUGAUGCGGGAUGCAAAGACGCUGCAAAUGGACGAAGGGGAUCCGCUUUUCUAUCCAGAAGAUCAUUCUGACUGCGAGGAUGCAGGCGACUCGAGCGCCUUCGUUUCCCCGCGCUUGUCUCUUCCCGCGUCGUCGCUGCUCCGGGAACACGCCGCGUCGUCUCCAGCUGCUGACGCGCUGGAGAAGGAAAGCGCCUCUCGGAAGUCUCAGUCGUCGGGCGGUCGGGACAGUUCCCCAGAAGACGCGCCUGCGGCGGGUGCAAUAAAAACGAAAGCGAAGAACGAGCAGAAAUAG